GUUUUUUCCGAUGUCGACGGCAAUUGCCGCCGCGCGCGCCAAGACCAAGGGGAAGACUCUACUGAAGGACAUCCUGAAUGCAUACGGCGAGAUCGAUAGCGUGGAAGCAUCCGCCGAUGCAAUAUCGGACUGGAACCGGCGGAAGAAGGAGGCCGUGGUGAACGGCACGUGGGUGUGGCGAGAAAGUACAAUGACGUACGCCGUACCCAAGUCCAAGGUCGCAGCACACAAGAUCAAAGGCGAAUUUGCAUCCCUCACCAACUUGUCCGCAGAACUCAAUGCGAUCGUCCAUGCAUCACCGCCAACAGCAACGACGACGGCCACGGAGGCCAGUGACGACUCCAAGAAAGGAUGCUCCUGGAGCGCCGUGAUAGCUGGCAAAUUCUACACUUGCACGAACGAACUGCAUUCCGAGCCAGAAAAACUUCUUCGACGAUGCAAUUGGCAUGCAGUCGACUGUCGAUCCCCGACCCAUCCGUCGACGUUACCCGAUAAAUCCAUCGCCAUAUCCAACGACGAAGCGCUCUGUAUGGGAUGUUUUGCAACGUCCCGAUCGAAGCUACCCAAACAUCGGCAAACGCCACCUACUUUUGAUCCGCUCGUGAUGCCAGGUGUACGGCGCGCAGAAGCUCAACAAGUACAGGCCAAACUGGACAUUAUCACCCAAGCCAAAGUGAAGCCCGCAUAUAUAUCCACUGAAAAAACACUCACAAAAUCGUCAAUAUGCGCGUGGAAAGGACACAAACCUGGCCAAAAAGAGUUCCGAGCUUAUGUGUGCCACCACACUGUGCUCCUGCACCCAGUGUAUCAAACGUAUUUGCCCAUGUGUGGGUUCCACCAAUAUCCAUGUGCAAGGAACCUCACCAAAGGCGUCGUGUGUCCACCCAUUGAACUCUACAACGCCCAUGGUCUCUGCCACAACCACUACGAAGCGUACUUGGCCACGUUAACGUACCACGAACGACAAGCAGACAAAGCAUACUCGACUCCAUUUGAUCCCCCCGAAGUGUUCAUGGACGGAGACAGCGACGCAGUAGGAAAACAAAAUGCGGUGGCCCCCCACCCGCUAGCCCCCAAACACCCCCCACCCCCGUCACCGUCACCGUCACCCAAGUCACCUCUGCCCACUUCGCCCAUACGAGGCAUCCUCGCGACAUUCAUCGAUUCCUGGACGUCGCCGAUUCGAACGCUAUGGUGGCAAAUCAACUACCUUCGCCAAGGGCCCCGCAUUGCAACGCGACUCCAAGCCAUCUUUCGAGGGAAACGAGCUCGCAAGCGAGUUCGCCGCCUGCUCUUGGACUCGUAUGGUCGCAAGCGUAUGAACGCUGCCGUGUUGCUGCAAAAACAUUGGCGGGCCAAACAAGCCAAACGCGUCGUUGGGCGGUACCGCGACCUCGUCCUCCGCAUGUCGUGUGUGCUGCAGCGCCUCGCGCGGGGCUUCCUGGAUCGUCAACGGGUCCAUCACUUGCGAUGCUUUCGUCGGUUCUGUCGCGUCGUGGGGGUGUACUUGGCCGUUCGACGUGCGAUCCAUGUCUUACGCUUUCGUAUCGACACUCGACAUGGCCUCUCACGUGGGAGCGACCGCGAUCGCCUCAUCGCGCUGUCACUGCUCCAACGCCGCCAUGCCGCCAAAGUGCUGGCACACGCCAUGCGUUCGUGGAAGAAAACCAAGUUGGAGAAACUCAAGCAAGGCGAAUUGAAGUUCCAAACGUUUUUGAGCGCCGUGGCCAUCCAACGGGCGUGGAAGCGGUACCAAAAGCUCAAGUGGCUACAGCGCCGGUACCAAGCCGCCCAACGCGUGCAAGCGCGAGUCCGAGGCGCCCUCACGCGAUGCUUGUGGGCCAACGACCCUGGGAUUUCGUCCGUCGUGUUCUGGGUCAACCCUCGCAGCGGCUUUGCUUGCGUUCGACAUACGUUGAAUCCCGCGUGGUCCCCUUCGUAUUCAGUGGGUCGUCGAACGAUGCGGCGAGACGCGGCCGCUCGCAUUGUACAGAUGCAUUUCCGCGGAUUUGUCGGACGUGUGGCGGCCAAUACCGCGUGGGCCAACAUGGAAAAGCGAUGGCAAUGGAUCGACCCGACCCAAGACCGGCAAGCACUGCGCAACACACUCUUGCCGCGUUCAUUUUACCACGAAGACAAGAAGCACCACAUGCGAUCAAUCUACAAUUUGGCCGUGCCAUUUCGAGCGUUUGCAUAUGAAUUUCAAGGCGUUGUGGAUUUAUUAGACGAUAAACAAGGCCUACGAUGCGAGAACCUCCCCCCUCGCCCUACUGCAUCCACCCCGUUGACGGUAGAGUGCCCCAUGUCUGCCCUUUCGUCCGACUCGCUGCGGCUUCCCGCGACGCCGUCCGUCGUCGAGUCGAUAGCGCUCGAAGCUGUCGGCAUCACGUCCACCAUGGCGAUAUUCCCGCUUGGAGCGAUGGUGUAUGUUCGCGUCCGCAACAAGAAACUGCAUCCGGCUACGAUUAUUCGAGUCCAUCGCGACGCCGAUUCCUUUGACGUGGCCUUUCUUCCAGUAUGGCCAUUGUACUGUGUUGUUGACUUCUUUAAAUGAUAGACAUCGUAGGGAUUGGUGUCGAUCCGGGGCGUUGCCAUCACAGAAGCAAAACAUGUCCACGCGAGUCGGCUGCAGUACGAUCCCCCCGAGUCGCCCCCCGAGUCGUUAACCAGUCGCAUUCACCACGAGCUGCGGCGAGUGGCAGCUGUAACGACCAAACUGUACACGGCUGCAGAUGAAACCCCCGCCGUGUCGAAUCAAGUGGAGCACCCUGUGAGAUUUAAACGUGCAUCGUUCGCCCGUAGAGAGCGCCAGGUUCAAAGCGACCCCCCUCUAUGACCUCCCACUGGCACAACAAACACUACAUGCCACCUGUGAGCUUGUUCCCCAUUUUGCCAGUGUGCUUGAUAUAAUAUGGAUCGAUAUUCUCAAUAAAGAUCAUGUAAUAUUAAUAUCAGAACGUUAAGGUGGAC